UCCAGGAACCGGACCUGCUCCCCACCCUGUAGCAAAAACCGUCCCUUUUGCCACACUUUAGCUAUAAAACUCGAUACAACUUGUAUCAAUCUCAUAAGUAAAUCCUCACUGAUACGAUACAUUAAUAUUUUGCUACCUGAGGUAUGAGAGUUUUGUAAGAAAGUGAUAUUUUGUGUGGGACUGGGCGGAGAUCCGGGGUGGCAUGGUAACGGGUGGCGUACGUGGAUGAUGUAUGACGGACAGGCGGGCAGGGGAAGCAGCAGCCUGGCGGAGCUCACACACACUAAGACUGGAGAUCAGAUAUCGCUCGAGACGGUGGCGUCUUUCCACGACAUUCACGUCGAUGUGACCCCCUUUACUCCUACGUGACAGACAGUAAACACGAGCAGACAUGCCACCGGAUCGCAAGCCAGAAGGGUCCAUCAUCCGGCGAGCCCUGGAAGGCAGCGCUCUAAGUCAGAGCUGCCCGAGCACGACCCUCGCCCAGGCGCUACAGAACCCCGACCUGGACUUGAACAUGAGCUGCUUUCCCGCGAUCUCGUUAGAGAAAGGUGCAAUCGACGACGACGAACUGACAAACUUGAACUGGCUUCACAGCAGCGACGUGCUGAAGUCUGUAAAUGUGGAAACGGGAGGCGGCCUGUGUGGCAGCCCCACCAGAGAGAUGGGGGGGACCAUGAGCCCCCUCAAACCCAGCAACCACACCACGGCGUCGCUGCCCACCCCGGCGGACAUACCGUACGACGCGCACCAGCACAGAAAUAGCAAACCUCCCUACUCCUUCAGUUGUCUAAUAUUCAUGGCUAUAGAGGACUCGCCAAGUAAGAGACUGCCAGUCAAGGAAAUCUACAACUGGAUUCUGGAGCACUUUCCCUAUUUUGUGAACGCACCGACGGGGUGGAAAAAUUCUGUUAGGCACAACCUAUCCCUGAAUAAGUGCUUCAAGAAAGUGGAAAAGGAAAAAGGGCAGAGCAUUGGGAAGGGAUCGUUAUGGAUGAUCGACCCAGCCUACAGACCCAACCUACUGCAGGCGCUGAAGAAGACACCCAUCCACCCGUACCACCACAUCUUCACCACACCGCCCCCCUCCCCACAACAGCUGCCACACUCGGGGACGGGCCCAUACCCAACAGGGCUAUACAUCAGCAACAAUGGAGCUGCAGGGUAUCAUCCCCAAGCCUACCCAUUUCAGAGGCUGUCUACACCGGAGAACAUUGAUCCAGUUGGUGCCAGUAUCUUCCAAGAUUCAGAAGUGGAUGCAGCUCAAGCCAUGAUGACACUGAAGUCUGGAGGUGCUAGUAGCCAUGCAGAAGCUGUGAGAAUGAAAGGAGAGCGUCACUGGACCCCUGCUAGCUUGCCAAAUGUGCCAGGUUUCCGUACCUGGACCCCACACUUGUACAGGCCGGGCAAUGGUGCAAUAAACAUUGGUGGGGAGCACUCGUAUGGCCAUACCGAGGGAAAAGUCAGGUGUCAUCAUGUGAAGUGGAAAUUACAAGAACGGGUUAAACGAAGACACAGGCACCGACACAGGAGGAGGAGAAGCCCCCUGGGCGACCCCAUCGUCAGUAAAAGCCCCAGUGAGGACCACAACUACAGUUGCAACUCUUCCCGUGGCUCCAACUCCUGUUCCCGCUCAGGCAGCACCUCACCUACCUCCUCCAUCGACGGGCCGUACGAGUACGGGAACGCCAGCGAUAGCGAUAGUUACCGUAGCGACGAGAGUAGCGAUUACGACGACGAGGAGAUGGAGCACGACGGGCGGGUCCUGCGGAAGAGCCUGGGCGAUAGCGGCUUCCUCGGGGACGAGUACGGUAAGAAGGAGCCGGGCGGCGGUGACGUCCUGCCCAAGAAGCGCCCGCACGAGCUGAACUUGGAGGAUGAAGACGACCUGAAACUGGUGCAGGGGGCAGACGCUCUGCUCAACCUGGCGGGCAUCAAGACUGCCUCCAUUAUCCCCCUACGAACAAUCAGUCCCAUGGGCAGCGAGAACAGCAUGUCCCCCAAACCUGCCGAGGACCCCAAUCACCCAUCCUCCGACACUCCUCCUCAAGCAAAGAUCAGCUGAAGACUGUGACGGUCCCAGCACAUCAGAGCUGUAGUUGGUACCUGUACAGAAGACUGUGUAGAAAAGACAUUUUAAGAAAUUGUGUGCAAGAGCGUGCCGGCCUUCAGGGCCGGCGGUCAAGACGAAAUUGGUUUUAUUGCCAUGACAAAAGUUUGGGAGGUUUAAGAGCAGCAAGAUUGGCUGAAGGCCAAAGAGGUGUUCUGUUACGUGUCAUGAGCACGUCUGCAUUACAGCCGAGUGCAAUGCAGUAUCCUAUAUGUUUUACUAUGAGCCAUAUAAACCAGGGUUGUGGUCGCACUUUGCUCUUCAACGGUGGCAAGUGCUGAACUGAGGGGCCAAAAGAAUCAACCUGUAGCAGCCAUAUGACGGGCAGGAUCGGGGAAUUGUUCGGCAUCGCUUGGGUCUAUUUUACUGGCAACGGCAAAACCAACAGAGCUUCCACUUGACUUGUCGUCCAAAGUCUCGUUUUGGACACAGGAGUUACCCAGUAAGGAGAAAGUGUCAAAGUUUUAAGGUUUGGGUCUUUCAGAUUGUUAAGUUCAGGGACAGAGAACUAUGUCAUAUGUACUAGGAAAAAAAAAUAAGCAUCUAUUCUUGAAUAUAGACAUGGCAGAUUAUUUUUCUUGUUCUCGAUGUAACAUAUCUCCCAUUAAAGCAAGGGAGACGAAUCUCCUUUAAGUUAUAUGAGAUUAGUCAAGAACACAUGGUAACAGUAGAAUAAGUAGGGAAUAUGUUCAAGUUAUUUUAUAUCUUGGUUCUGAGGUUAUAAUAAUAGGCUACCAUAAUGUAGAGGACUCUAAUUUUGUACAUUCAGCGGGGUAGAAGGGUUGCGUCUUGUACCUCUUACUGUAAUGAUGCAUUAUGGCAAUAUUAUUUUCAUAAAAAAGACUGUAUGAUACCAGUGCUAUCAUCAACGAUAAACAAAGCAAGAUGUAGAGAUUGAAGCAAAAAAUGCAAAACCUUGAAUGAGAUUAGAUUCCAGGGUUUCCUGAAAGGCAGGACCUGUGGAGGGUCGCCACAGAGGCGACCCAGCAAAAUUAUUUAUUUUAGCUGUAGGCUAACCAGGUCACAUGACUUGGGCUCAUCAUGUUCUUUCUGGAUCACAUGAUUAACAAAGCCAGGGACUGGCGGGGGAGGGGAGAUCGUGUGCAUCGCAGAAAAAAAAGUUGAUCUGACGUUGUAUUUAAAGUUAUAAUGAAAUGUAAACCUAAGCCUCGCAGAAGGGCUGUAGCCGGUGCCCGUCAUUCCGGACAAAAUUUUGCCCGUGUGUGGUGGAAAGAUUCAGAACUAUUGUGCUAAUCUUGACGAACAAAAAUAAUUGGUUAAGGACAUUGAAAUACCAAAAUUUUAAUAAACAAUGCCCAAAUACUGAUUUGGGAAUUGGACAAUAGUGGAAAUUUAUACGCAUAGACCAGAAAAAUUUUUGGUCAAAGAGAAUAAAGAUGGAGAAGAAAUUCAAGCUGGCGAGAGCCCUUUCCUUGCAGGCUAGGAUUGUUGCAUGCACCUCCCUGGGGAUACGGAUACUCUAAAGGGCUGUUUAGGAGACGAUUCCAAAUUGAACUGCUAUGUGGAAGUGAAAGCAAAAACAAAGCAGCAGCAGUCAGGAAUGGUGACGAUAGUUGGUUGUGUUUAAACCACAUGCUCUGCUGCCACCCCUAGUUGGUCCCUCGGCUUGUGUUGCAGGGCGGUAGAACUUCGGCAUGGUGCGGUGGACUCGCGGGAAGUUGUGUUGCAAUUGGCACAAAUCUAUACAUAUGCAAUUGAUUGAACCAAACAAAUGACUCUAUAUCAAAUUGUAUGUCAAACAUAUUUUGAUCUGAAAGAUGUGAUUAUGAAGUAACCAUGCUGUUUGUGCAAGAUAUGAUAAAACCAUGGCGUUCGUCAAGAGAGGUGCCGUGCCAUGUUUCGUUGAACCCGUGUCCCCCACAACACACUGAAGUUCUCUGCCAAACAUAUUUCGUACAAGAUGGAUGUUUUAAGGGUCCCGUUGGACCUACUUUCCCCCUAUCAUGAGGGUUAUUUAUUGAAAAAGUAGCUGUAAAACGUGGCAAGUUUCAGAACUGCACUUGUUGCAGUGUCUCUGUACAUCCGCUACCAAUGAUUGUCCCAAAGGGCAGGAAAGAUAGCAAUGCUGUAUGCGACAUAGGAAGGAAAACUGACAAGUUUUAUCAUCAUAUUUUUAUAGUCUCUUGCAGCACAAUGAAUUGUUUUUACAUUUCAUUUCUUUUAAACAUGAGGCUUCUGCUUGAAAGAACUCAAAGUCAAUGAAUUUCAAAUAAAAUUCAAAUGUAAACAGAAUUCUGGGUUCAACGUUUUAUUAAAACACCAUUGUCGAAGCAAUGUGGGCAGAAGGUUUUUUGUGAUGAAUUUUGAAAGAAAAUUCUUAUUUCUUCUUCCACAGUGAGAGUCAGUGAAAUAAAAUGCUUCAUUGUGGUGUCGGCAACUGAUGGUUUUACUUGUGCAGUCCCGGGCCUGGGCACUAAGUGCAAAUAGUUACGCACUAGGAGCAUACAGCGAUGUAUAAGGACAAUAAAGGUUCUCUUCGA